GAGAAACUCUAGCGUUAUCGUAGGAGGGGAGAGAGAGAGAGAGAGAGAGAGAGAGAGGAAACCCUGGGUACGGUGGCCAAAUAAGGAAAGCUACGAUAGGAGCGUUUCUUUGUUUGGAGUCCCCCACCACCUCACUUGUGAGAAGGUGCUGGGACGAUGUUCUACGCCCACUUUGUCCUCAGCAAACGUGGGCCGCUGGCCAAAAUCUGGCUGGCGGCCCACUGGGACAAGAAGCUGACCAAGGCACAUGUGUUUGAGUGCAACCUGGAGAGUAGUGUGGAGAGCAUCAUCUCACCAAAGGUGAAAAUGGCCCUGCGCACAUCUGGUCACUUACUCCUGGGUGUUGUGAGGAUCUACCACAGAAAAGCCAAGUACUUGCUUGCUGACUGCAAUGAAGCUUUUAUCAAGAUCAAAAUGGCCUUUCGCCCAGGUGUGGUGGAUCUGCCUGAGGAGAACCGUGAAGCUGCCUAUAAUGCCAUCACCUUACCUGAGGAGUUCCAUGACUUUGACCAGCCGCUUCCAGACCUUGAUGACAUAGAUGUUGCCCAGCAGUUUACCCUGAAUCAGUCUCGUGUGGAGGAAAUCACCAUGCGAGAGGAGGUGGGCAACCUGAAUUUACUGCAGGAAAAUGACUUUGCUGAUUUUGGGAUGGAUGAUCGAGAGAUGAUGCGUGAGGAGAGUGCAUUUGAGGUGGACAUCAUCCAUGGAGCUUCUGCCUCCAACCUGCUUCUGGAACCAGAGUCUACCAGCAGUCAGAUGACAGAUAAAUCCAACCACCUGGAGUAUGACCAGUACAAAGACGACUUUGGAGACAACCCAAUGGAGAGCAGUGAGGGAGGCAUGCUAGUGGACAAGCUCCUCAGUAAUGAGGAUGGGGGUGGUAUUUUUGAUGACCCACCAGCCAUUACUGAAAGUGUCAUGAUGCCACAGGAUCAUGGCGGAGAUGAGGAUGAUGAUUUUGACAACCUGUCCCCAGCGGGAGGUCCAGACAGUCCAGACUCUGGGCCUGUGGAGCAGCUUCCCACCAUGACAGACCAGACAGAGCAGACCACACUGGUGCACAAUGAAGAGGAGGCCUUUGCUCUCGAGCCUAUCGACAUCACAGUAAAGGAGACCAAAGCUAAGAGGAAAAGGAAGUUAAUUGUGGACAGUGUAAAGGAACUGGACAGUAAGACCAUCCGGGCUCAGCUGAGUGACUACUCAGACAUUGUCACCACUCUGGACCUGGCUCCCCCAACUAAGAAGCUGAUGAUGUGGAAGGAGACAGGAGGGGUGGAGAAGCUCUUCUCCCUGCCUGCUCAGCCACUGUGGAAUAGCAGGCUUCUUAAGAUGUUCACACGGUGCCUGACUCCACUUGUGCCAGAGGAGCUGAGGAAGAGGAGGAAGGGUGGAGAGGCUGACAGCCUGGAUGAGUUUCUCAAAGACCUGGAAAACCCAGAGGUGCCGAGAGAGGAGGCUCUGUCUCAGAGAGACAUAAUCGAUCAGACCAUCCUCGAGGAACCCAAUGUGUUGCAGGCCUCUGCCAUGGAGGGCAGUCGCACCACUCUGGAUGAGUCAGUUAUGCCUCCUCCCUCCAGCCACCGUGGCCAGAAGCGCAAGGUUCAGGACACAGAGCCUGCUCUACCUAUGUUGGAGGAUGACCGUUCUUCUAUUGUGUCCACACGGCUCAACGUGCAGCAAGUCGAGCUCCCUCCAGAAGAACCCACUAACAUUUCCCAGCUCAUCCCUGAGUUAGACCUACUCGGAGAGAAGAACAAAGAGAAAAAGGAUGAUGAUGAAGAAGAAGAGGAAGAGGAGGGCCAAGGUGGAGACCUGGAUCAGGAGGAGAGAAGAUGGAAUAAGAGGACACAGCAGAUGCUACAUGGCCUACAGAGGGUGAUCGCCAAAACAGGAGCAGAAUCAAUCAGUCUGCUAGAACUUUGCAAGAACAACAACAGGAAGCAGGCAGCAGCCAAGUUCUACAGCUUCCUAGUGCUGAAAAAGCAGCAAGCGGUGGAGCUGACACAGGCUGAGCCUUACAGCGACAUCAUCGCCACUCCUGGUCCCAGAUUUCACAUCAUAUAAUCUUCUCACACCAUACAGCAGUCAAGUGACACUGGCAGGUUUUUGUUUGUUUGUUUGAUUUUUGUUUUGUUUGUUUUUUUUCCGUAAAUGACGUGUUACAUUUACCUUUCUGUGAUUUAUGUAACAUGUGUGUGACAUCCGUCUCUCAAGUAGAAGAUGAGUUUUUAUGGAUCUUCUGAUGAGGUUUUUGGAUCUUCAGUUUUAAUAUAGAAUCAUGCAGUUGCAUUGCAUAGCAUCACUACAGAGCAAACGUACAGUUUAUGGAUUUUAGCACUCAUUUAAGCUGAUGCUCAUUUUUUUAAGAGGUUUCAGCCUCUUUCCGUAACUAAUAAUAUUUUCUAAUUUACAUUCGUGAAUGGAUUAGUUCCACACAUUCUGCAUGCUUCAUAUGGAAUGUCACCUGAUAUAUAAUGGUCUGUUUUUAUUGUACCACUAAUUUCACCUUUGUAUAAGGUAACAAGUGCUUGAACACCAAAAUAAUAAUAACAUUGAUUGACGACGUACUGAAAAGAAAACAAAAAGUGUUUCCAGUGUGGAAACAAGACAAAUCUUAAUGCCCAUGUUUUUGUAUGGGUUUCAAAAGAGAGGAAGUUUUCUCCCUUCAGAAGUGGUUUUUGCCCCGGUGCUCAAAGAGCAUGAAUGUUCUGAACAUGUAAACAAAGGGCAGCUUCAAAUUUGUCAUGUAGACAAAGCUGAAAUGAGACUGAUAGUUAUUAACUGUGAUAUAUAAUAGAUUAAAUAAUAUAUUGAUAUUGUGCCGUUUCUUUUAAACAUGUUUUCCCUCAUCCAUUGUGCAAGCAUUUGUUAUCGUUGUCAUCUGUUGCAAAUAUGAAGGCUAGUAGAUCAUAAGUGUUACAGAAAUGGCAACUAUUUGAAUUUUAUAUAUUUACCUUCUGUGAUUUAGGUAAUUAUGUCCUGUUACAGUACAGCUUUUAUUCAAACUUGCCUUUUAUUUAGGCGUAUUUGCUAGUAAGUUUCCAUUCUGCUUGUUUAUAUGGAAACGGUUGAAAAUACUAAGUAUUACAGUCACACUUUGUUAUUGAUAUUAUUGCCUGUAGCCCUGAGCUGAUACAUAUGUGUUAUCUAAUUUUUGUAAUAAAAUGUUGGGAAAAAAUACAGUAA